GAGAACGAAUUGAAUACUAAGUGUCCAAUAGGAGAGUCAGUGACUAAAGUUAAACUCAUAUUUCGAAUGAUUUGGAGCUAAAUGUGAGCAUUGAAUGAAUGAAUGACUGAUUAAAUCAAUGAAUGAAUAAUUGUUUGAAUAAUUGUUUGACUAUUAGUUUAAUUGUAAUAAUAAUUGCAAUCAAUUAGUGAAAUGUCAUCCAAUGUGUUGAAGAGUAUCACUGAUUGCUAUAACUUUAGCGAUGAAAGCAAAACAAAGAAAACGAAAACCCGAAGACCAACGGUGGCCACCAAUGAAUGUAUACGUAAAUUGUCGACAAAGCCAUCAAAUGAGACCAAACGUGAGGGCAAAUGGAGGUGUGAUGUAAUGCGGGACACACUGUCCACUGCCCAGUGGCUCAAUGGUGUCCGCGCACAACAUGACCACACCAUCGACACUGUACUCAAACAACUCAUCAAUCAUACCAUCGAUGGUUGCAAUUGUGUCAACAUUUGUUCCGUUCAUUUACUUAUUGGUAACACUUAUUUGGAAAGAUUUUUAUUGACUCUCAAAGAGUUUGACGACAAAGUUGUUACUCAAGAAGUGAAAUGCAAUGACUUGAAUAACAUCUGUAAAGACAAUCCUUUUAGUAUUAAUGAUAUUCCCGUUCAGAAAGAGAGCAAAUGUGAGUCAAAUGUAAUGCCAGAGUUGGUUAACAUGAAGAGUAUGACAAACUUGUUGGCGCCCAUCGAUAGUGCUGUCGAUCAUUGGACUCAAGCACUGGACUUCGGCAUCAAAAUGAAGAAUUAUAUGAAUGAAGAACUCAUAAUUGGUCUCAAGAUUUACUAUAACUUAUAUUCAGUCAUUCAAAUCAACGCUUUUUAUAAACGAUUUGAAUCUCGACUCAAAUCAAUUCAUUUGUUGAACAAGUUUUGCGAACAUUUCUCUAAUAAAUACUCUGAAAUGAGUUUAACUGCCAAUUAUUUUUUAGUGAAGACUUAUUUGGAUUUAGGAGAAACCAAUAGAGCCAACGCUAUUUUGAUCCGUAAUAAGUCGUCCAAUAACUGCGGACAACCAAACAAUGAAACAUUUGCCACUUCGUUGAACUUUUUGGCAAAAUGUGAAUUGGAUUUAAAGAGAGGAUACACUGAAAGAGCGGCCAAAAUGUUAUGCACUUUUUUGUCAUCAGAUUAUGUCAAAAAACUAACUAUAAAUCGCUAUUAUAUUAAAGGAUUGGCUCUACUAUUAGCCACACAUUUCCCAUCAAAACAUUUUAAUUAUGAUCAGUAUUUGCGUGAAUUUAUUGAACCGACUUCUAUAGCUAUAUGUAUAUUAAAGCGAUGGCAUAAAUGUUUGACGUCUUCUAAUAAGUCUAACGAUGAAAAUAUAAUAAACGUCGGCGACGUCGACCCCAUUUGGUAUCGUUUUUCAGUUCUUAACUUUGCUUUCGAUGCCAUUCAGAUGUCUCUUAAAUUUUAUCAAAACAUUGAGAUGCCUUUGGAUGCCAUAUAUUCGUAUAAUUGUUUGCUAAAAGUUGGUCGAAGAUGUUGUGCAACUGUGCGUGUCGCAGAAUUGCUUAUAAGUGGUUCACAAUUGGAUAAUCUAUGUGAUCAUAAAUAUGCUUCACAAUUAAAGCUCAAAAAUGCAAUGCUAUGUAUAAGCCAUAACCGUUGGUCAUCUGAUGAUGAAUCAGUAUUUGAUUCGGGAUCUUCAAUAUCGACAAUAUCACCCGACACCAAACGUGCCAUUCACGGACAUAUACCUAAAAAACAAAGCCUUAUUGACAAUAUUUUUACAAAAGAAGUCAUAACCAUUGAUUCAUCGAAUAGUGAUUUGUCAGAUAAUGAAGACUGUCAUCACACGGGCUUACGACCACUUUGGGAGGUAAAGAAAAAAUUAAGACAAUUGGACAACAAGUAUAGCGAUGAUUCUGAAGACUUUCUAAAUGAUAAUAAACGCGUGACUCUAACUGAAGAAUUGUUGAAUGAAAGUGAUUAUGAAAACCAAAUAAUUGAUUUGUUUUUAACGAAACUUGAAAUUAAAUUCAAUGAACUAUUAACUGAUGAAAUGGAUAUGAAAACACCGAAUUACACCUUUAGUCAAGUGUCUGCUCUUUUAGUACACAUUGAGAAAUAUGCUUCAAAUGUAAUGAAACCUAUUAUUAUUAAACAUAUUUCUGAUUGUAAAAUACAAGAAAUUGAGACGAAUUAUGUUAAGUAUAAACUAUUGAAAAUGCAAUUUAUUGAGACUUUGGCUCGACUUCAGAUUCAAAUGAAAGAGUUUGUUAAUGUGAUUAACACUUGUAGUCAUUUGACUCAAUUGAAGACAUUUGCAUACGAAGAGCGAUGUAUUCAAUCAAAGCUAUUAUAUUAUGAGGCAUUCGCUAAAUUUAGUUUAUUUAUAACAAACUGCAACACAAAUAAAGCAAACAAUGUUUGGCUUGAAUAUAACAGUCAUUUUAUUAAUGAACUAAUUAGUAGUUCCCUUAUAACCAUUAAUAAGUCUUCAACUCCUCCGAGUAUCACUAAAUCUGAUAUUAAAACCUCAAGAAAAGUUCCAAACGCUCCCAAACAGAAACAAUUUAAAGAUAAAGAUAUUGGCGAUUAUGUGUCUGAACUUAAUUAUGAAGAUAACAACUCUGAUGACGACAACAACAAUGAUAAAAAUGUAUCUAAACUUAAGGCUUGUAUGAGACUUAACUUUGAACGUGACUGUGAAGUGCGUUCGCAUUCAAUGACUGAUUUAGUCUCUAAUGAUAGUCAGGAUAUUGUGGUAAUCGAUGUGAUUCCUAAAGUGGAAUCUAACUCAAAGACAACACAACGUAUCACUCGAUCGAAAACAAAUUUAAUGAAAUCUUCGGUACGUUUGAGUGAUAAUGAAGAUAAUGUGGAGAAGAAAACAAAACGAUCGUAUAAUAAGUCAACAAAAACUAAUGUCUUUAUUAAUGAUGUUUCAAAUAAUAUCAAUAGCGUUGAUAAAGAUAUUGAAGAACUGGAUGAUGUGUUUAAUAAAAAGCUAGUAAUUAAUGAAGAAAUUGGUUUAAAAGAAACUGUUAGAAAACAAACAGAUAUUGAAUUAAUUAUCUCAACUCUACAAUGUGUUUAUGAUUUAAUUGGUUUGCAUCCCAUUUGCAAACUUUAUAUAUUAGUUAAUAAAUUAUUAACAGAUAUUUAUUCAUUGGAUAAAUUGAAAAAUGAAGAUAAAGUUGGUUAUCAUUUUUGUGAGAUGAAUGCUAUAACUUAUAGAUACAGGAAUUUAUUUAUUGCUGAAAGAAAACGAAAACUGAAUAAAUUGUUUAAAUAUGAUGUAAACUCACUAUCAUUUGACAAACUAAUGGUUUCGGGUAAUAACAGCUAUAAAGUAUAUACUGAUAGUCUACCAAAUGACUGGCGUGUCAUUCAAAUUACAGCCAUUAAUAAUGACUCUAAUAUUCCCAAUUUAAUCGUCUGUCGCUAUCAAAAGAGUCGAAAACCAGUAUUUCUUAAAAUAAAAGCUGAUCCACAAAAGAUAAUUAAACAUUUUAUGACACAUUUUAUGGAAAUAAUUGAAAAGUCAAACGCAUCGAUUGCUAACAAAGAUAAAGAAACAUUUUGGCGCUUAAGAUACUCUUUGGAUGACGAGAUGAAGAUGUUGUUGAAGAGUGUUGAGGACACCUGGUUUGGAGCAUUUCGUGGAAUACUUUUGGGCCAAAUUCAAGAUAAACGUUAUCUUAAAACGUGUCAAUUGUUGUGCACUUAUAUAAGGGAUUUAAUGAAAAACCAAGGACUUGAUUGCAAAAAUACAGCACUUCUUGAAGUAGUUGUCGAGUCAUUACCUAUACUCAGAUACAGUGAAUUUAGAUCAGCCAUUAAAUUACUGUUUAAUAUGCCGUCCGAUUCUAUAAUUUCCAAAUGUUAUCAAAAAUAUGAGCAAUUAAUUAAUGAUAUUUUUCCAAUUGAUAACAAAGAGAUGAUUUACUCUACAUAUAACAUAUCGCCAGUCGGUAUAAUACUUGAUAAAUCAUUGGAAGCGUUUCCAUUUGAAUCAUUGCCAUCACUUGAAACAUAUAAUCAGUCAGUAUUCAGGACACCAUCACUAAGAGUUUUAUCUCUAAUGUAUAAAGCAUUCAAAAAUAAUAUUUAUGCGAAUGGUUUAAAUGAGUCGAGCGUUUAUUAUGUGGUGAAUCCGGCGGACAAUUUGGCUAAAACUCAGAACUACUUUAAAGAGACUUUUGAUGCGAUGAAAGAAUGGAAAGGAGUUAUUGGAGAAGUUCCACAAUCUUUGCAAUUAAAGACUGCAUUUGAGUCUAAAGAUGUUUAUAUAUUCUUCGGCCACGGAGCCGGUGCAUCAUAUUAUAGAUCAGUUCCCGAUGGACUUGAUUCAUGUAAUAUCAAUUGUGCCGCUAUUGUAAUGGGUUGUAGUAGUGGUAAAUUGUUUUCUGAUGGUUACAAAUUAGAAACACAUGGAACGCCCUAUAGAUUUAUUAUGAAUGGCUGUCCCUGUUAUGUGGGUGUCCUCUGGGAUGUUACCGAUGUUGAUAUCGACAAGUUUUCCGAUCACAUGUUAAGCUAUUGUUUUACAAAAUGGAAACCAGAGCUAAAUAAUUUGAAUACCAAUAAAUCAAUUACAACAGGCGUCUCAAUGUCCCGAAAAUAUUGUAAACUUAAAUAUUUGAUUGGAGCCGCACCUGUAGUCUAUGGAUUACCAUUGUUUGCCAAAUGCAGUUCAAAUUAAAUUUAUAUUCUUAUAUAUUUGAGUUGAUUUUAUAAUAAUAUUUUUAGUUUGGAAUUAUUAUACCAUUUAUUUAUCUUAAUAUACACAAUAUCUA